UUUCUGCCUCCGAGUAACCCCAGAGUAUUUCCGGUUCCGGCUGUGGGCCGGAGGAGACAUGGCGACAUCUUCGUCGGCAGCUGCCGGGGAGGAGGACUGGGUCCUUCCCUCAGAAAUCGAGGUGUUAGAAUCUAUCUAUCUGGAUGAACUACAAGUGAUUAAAGGAAAUGGCAGCCCCUGCCCAGUCACAUCCCAGGUCUCCACUUCAUCCACCUACAGAUCUUCGCCAUGGGAGGUCUACAUCACCCUGCACCCUGCCACGGCAGAAGACCAGGAUUCACAGUAUGUCUGCUUCACUCUGGUGCUUCAGGUCCCAGCACAGUAUCCCAAUGAGGUGCCACAGAUCUCUAUUCGUAACCCCCGAGGACUCUCAGAUGAACAGAUCCACAAGAUUUCACAGGCACUGGGCCAUGUGGCCAAGGCUGGGCUGGGUACUGCCAUGCUCUAUGAACUCAUCGAGAAAGGGAAGGAAAUUCUCACAGAUAACAACAUCCCACAUGGCCAGUGCGUCAUCUGCCUCUAUGGUUUCCAGGAGAACGAGGCCUUUACGAAAACACCCUGUUACCACUAUUUCCACUGCCACUGCCUUGCUCGGUACAUCCAGCACAUGGAGCAUGAGCUGCAGGCUCAAGGACAGGAGCAGGAACAGGAACGGCAGCAUGCCGCAACCAAACAGAAGGCUGUUGGUGUGCAGUGUCCAGUGUGCAGAGAGCCCCUCGUGUAUGAUCUUGCCUCACUAAAAGCAGCCCCUGAACCCCAACAGCCCAUGGAGCUGUACAAGCCCAAUGCAGAAAGCUUGCGCCAACAAGAAGAGCUCAGGCGGCUCUACCAGAGGCAGCAAGAGAGGGGGGGCAUCAUUGACCUAGAGGCUGAACGUAACCGGUAUUUUAUCAGCCUCCAGCAGCCACCUGCCCAUUUGGAACCUGAGUCAGCUGUAGAUGCCUCCAGAGGAUCCCAACCACUCGGUGCCCUUGCCACAGAACUGUCUCCUUCAUCAACUGCACAACCUACCCAGUCAGCUCCUCUGCCUGUGGCUUCCCAGUAUAUGUGCGAGAAGAUUCCAGGGACUGGGCCAAAUCAGCAAAGGUUGAGUGAGACGCAGAAAACUAUCCUGGAUACCCCCCGGGCCAACCGAGGCCUCUGGAGACAGCCUGAACGGAGGCACCUAAAGGGAGAAUAUAAUGCCCACAAAGGUACCAAUGACACCCAAGAACUGCCACCUCUUGAGGGGCCCCCCAAGGAGCCCGUGGACGUAAAGCCAGAAGAACCCUGUAACCAAGGGGUUGGAGGUCCUUCCCAAGAGAAUGGACCUGGCAACUGUCAGGGUCCCCCGCCCCGCAGAACUCGGGACUAUGCUCGCUGGGAGCGUUCCAAGAGUCGGACACCAGGUUCUUCCUAUCCCCGCCUGCCUCGGGGUCGGGGAACCUACCCAUCUGGUACUCGAAGGGAGCCCUUGAGCCUGGAAUCGGAGGAUGGUUCCUAGCAGUACUGUGGUGGGGCAGGGAAAUAAGGGGUGGAGGGGGGCAAUAAAGAGAUUUGGCCUUGUUUGGCUUUCUUUGCUCAGUAGCACCAAGCCUGUGAAGUAUGGCUGUCUUCCUAAAUUCCUAGCAAGGCUGGAGUGUGCCAGAGUAGCCUCAACUUUGCCCUGAGAUCUGUUAUCCCAUAAGAUCAGGUCUAGGUCAGAAAGGCCUAGUAGUGGGUUUCAGGGAAAACUAGUGGAUGCCAAAAUUUAAGCAGUCUGCAGGAAGCACCCUGCCCUGUAACCCACAUUUUAUUUAUGUAUACUAGCAUUCCCGUUGCAGGAAAAAUCCUGCAAUAGGAUUUCCUGCUGCACUCUAUCCCGCCUCCAUUCCUCCCUUGCCGCCCGCCCCGCCUUCUCCUCCAGCCCACCCGAGUUU